UCAGAGGAGACUUUUGUGCGUUGGAGAUCAGUCUUCCCAGGAUGCCUGUCCACAUCAGAGCUCUUUAAGCGAGGAACAUUUCAGCUCAAGAAUAUUUGUUUUUACAUCUCACCCAGGCUGAGGCCUGUCUUAGAUUUGAAAUGAUGUCCCAGUCCUGGUGUGGGCAAGCCAUGCUGCGUGUGGAGCUGGGAAUCCUGGUGGCAGUCCUGGUGGUCUGCGGCAUGGCACAGAUGUAUGAUAGGAGGGAAGAAGGGUCAUCCUGCUACGGAGGAUUUGAUCUCUACUUUGUUCUAGACAAGUCUGGCAGUGUGCAGCAUUACUGGAAUGAGAUCUAUUAUUUUGUGGAUCAUCUCGCCCACAAGUUCAUCAGUCCUCAGCUGCGGAUGUCUUUUAUUGUAUUUUCCACGGAGGGACGAAUCCUCAUGGCACUGACAGAGGACAGGGAUCAGAUUCGAGCCGGACUGGAGGAGCUACGUAUGGUUCACCCGGGCGGAGACACCUACAUGAACAGAGGCUUUCAAAGAGCCAGCGAGCAAAUAUACCAUGGCAGUGGGUAUGGCUACCGGACAGCUAGCGUCAUCAUCGCCCUGACAGAUGGAGAACUGAGAGAGAAUCAGUUUGACCUGGCGCAAAGAGAGGCUGGCAGGGCGCGUCAACUCGGUGCCACUGUGUACUGUGUGGGGGUGAAAGACUUCAACGAAACACAGCUUUCCACCAUCGCUGACAGCAAAGACCACGUCUUCCCUGUGAAUGAUGGAUUUCAAGCUCUGCAAGGAGUCAUUGACUCAAUCUUAAAGAGAUCCUGCAUUGAGAUCCUGGCCGUAGAGCCCUCCAGUAUCUGUGAAGGAGAAAGUUUCCAGGUGACUGUAAGGGGAAACGGUUUCCUUCACGCUAGAGACGUGCAGGAAGUCCUCUGCAGCUUCCUUAUCAACGACACAGUUACUCUCAUGAAAAGGCCUUUGGUGGUUAGAGAUACUUAUCUUUUGUGCCCAGCUCCGGUUCUGGAAAAAUUCGGAACGUCAGCCACCCUCCAUGUCAGCAUGAAUAACGGCUUCAGUUUCAUAUCCAGCUCAGUCACUAUUACUGCUAUCACUUGUUCUGAUGGGACCUUUGUGGGGAUCGUGUUGCUCAUCCUGCUGCUCCUGCUCACCAUGGCUCUGCUGUGGUGGUUCUGGCCUCUCUGCUGCACUGUGGUUAUUCAUGAACCACCUCCUCCAGCAACAGAGGACAUAUCUGAUGAUGAAGACGGUUUCCCAAAGAAGAGGUGGCCCACUGUGGACGCAUCGUACUACGGUGGCCGUGGAGUCGGGGGAAUCAAGAGGAUGGAGGUUCGUUGGGGAGAUAAAGGCUCGACUGAAGAGGGCGCCAAACUGGAAAAAGCCAAAAACGCUCGAGUUGUGAUGCCGGCUCAGGAGUAUGACCCGCCUCCGCCCCGGCUUUACUACCACACGCACAAAACCAUUCCCAACCAGAAGUGGUACUCUCCCAUCAAGGGGAAACUGGAUGCUGUGUGUGUGCUGCUGAGACGAGGCUAUGACAGAGUUUCUGUGAUGCGACCUUAUCCUGGAGACAAGGGCCGGUGCAUCAACUUCACCCGCAGCCCGUCCUGUCCUCCUCCCCGCUACCCCAUCUACAACCAGCCCUCCACGCCUGUCUACGCGUUACCCCACAGGUACCAGCGCCGUCCAUCCGACGGCUACCAGGACCUCCACCUGCCCCCCUCGCCGACUUCCACACUGCCACCUCUGCCGUCGACUCCACCCCCGUCCUCCAGCAGCUCCUCCUCGUACACGCCUCCUCCGAACAGAGACCUGCCCCUGACCUAUGCCAGACAGGUCUCUGCGCCCCCGUCGCCGACCGGCUCGCUGCCGCCCCCACCUCAGGGGCUGCCUCCCUGCAGAGCUCCCCCACCCUCACGCCCGCCUCCACGGCCCAAUCACGAGAUCAACUGAAGCUCUGAAGGGUCCAAAAGUCUUACCUGCAAGACUUUGUUCAAACAAAAUACGCUGACUUUGCUCAAGAAUUGCAGACAACAUGACCUGAAAUGCAGCAUUUUUGUUCUCAAGUCCACGCAGUGAAUGUCAGUGUAAAUAAUACAAGAGUUGUUGAAAUGUGACUUUUGCAUUAAAGUAGAGGAAACAGACGGUCAGUCACCACUCCUCGGAGGUUUGCACGAUGGUAAUUGAACGUGCGUAAAAUGCAAAUCAAAUAAUGUUUUGAAGGCCACAUUUUACAAUUUUCCCCCUUGAAUUGUUAGGCUUGUACCUCACAACGGCUAUAUUCAUUUCCAUGUCAAUAAUAGAGAAAUAUGUGAGAAAACAUUUCAAAAUGAAAUAAAAUGAGCACGAGGCAGCCAAGAAAUGAAGCCAAAAGUUGCAGAUGGGGGAUGAUGGAACGUGUGGAAGUCCAAACUUGGACAAUAAUUCCUAACAAAGUUCCCUCAAAAGGGGGAAGUAGAGACGGCAAAGUCUCCAAUGGGAGUUUACAAGACAAAUGUUUACAUGCUGAGGCAACCAAUGAGAAGGAAGGAAUCAGUAGAAAUGUUCUCUGAGAGCAGUAACCCGGAUACCUAACAAACUGGCACACUGCCUGGAGAUUUAAAAACCAUAGUGGGCUCAACCUGCAGGAAAUUCGCCACAGUGGCCAUCCUAUAACUUUAACCUGCCAUGUAGACGAGAAGCUCUGAGAAACUGCUGAAGUAACAUUUCUUGCAGCAUUCAGGUAGAUUUUGUAACUCCUGCUCCUGAUCAGAUCCUUGAUUUAAAUUGCAGACUUCAGCAGUCCCAUUUCUCCCAGCAGGUGCAUCACCAAAAUACUUAAUUUUAUCAAGCAGUACUGUGGUUAUAUAAAACAUAGCAGGUGUGAAUAUAAGCAACAUAA